AUGAAUAGGUUGGCUCUCUACGCUAAUUAGUUGGCUCAUCACUUGACAAUCACUGACAAUAGAACAGGCAAAACUAUCGAAGUUCCAAUCAGUACAUCUAGAGAAAGCGAUUUUAUCCAUGCGACAAAAUUGGGUGCUCUUCAAUAUCAAGGUCAGCCUUUGAGAGUUUAUGAUCCAGGUUAUAUGAACACAAUAUGCUGCACAUCUAAAAUAUCCUACAUCGAUGGAGACAAGGGAAUUUUGGAAUAUAGAGGAAUACCAAUAGAGGAAUUAGCAGAGAAAUCAACAUUUGUUGAAGUGGCUUACUUGCUGAUUAACGGAGAAUUACCAAGCAAGAGUUAAUUGUAGGAAUGGGAUGAAAAGCUUAGGAAGCAUACAUUCAUCCACACAGAUGCAUCCCAAAUGAUGAAGAGCUUUAGAUACGAUGCCCAUCCAAUGGGUAUGUUAAUCUCAACUCUGGCUGCUAUUUCAACUUUUCAUCCUGAAGUUAAUCCAGCUUUAGCAGGAGAAGGAGUUUACAAGAAUAAAGAUAUUGUGAAUAAAUAGAUUUAUCGUAUUUUGGGAUCAUUACCUACUAUUGCAUCCAAUAGUUUUAGAAAUAGAAUUGGUAGAGAACACAAUAUGCCUCAUGAGAAUAUGAGUUAUGUUGAGAAUUUCUUAUACAUGCUCGAUAAAUUGAAUGAAAAAGAAUACAAACCACAUCCUAAAAUUACCAGGGCUUUGGAAGUCUUAUUUAUUUUGCACGCAGAGCAUGAAUUGAAUUGCUCUACUGCAUUCGUUCGACAUUUGAGUUCAAGUGGAGUUGAUAUCUACACUGCCAUAGCUGGUGCUGCUGGAGCACUCUAUGGACCCAAACAUGGAGGAGCCAAUGAAGCCGUUCUUAGAAUGUUGGAAGAGAUUGGUGAUCUCAAGAAUAUCCCAUAGUUCAUAAAGGAUGUCAAAGAUAGAAAAAAACUGUUGAUGGGUUUUGGACAUAGAGUUUAUAAAAACUAUGAUCCAAGAGCUAAAAUAGUCAAAUAGAUAGCUUAUUAAGUCUUUGAAAUUACUGGCAAAGAACCCUUGAUCGAAAUAGCAAUUGAAUUAGAGAAGAUUGCUCUUUCAGAUCCAUAUUUCAUUUAAAGAAAAUUAUAUCCAAAUGUUGAUUUCUAUAGUGGAGUUAUCUAUAGGGCAUUGGGAUUCCCAACUGAUAUGUUCCCAGUGUUAUUCACAAUUCCAAGAGUGGCAGGAUGGUUAGCACAUUGGAAGGAAUAUUUGAAUGACAAAGAAAAUAACAUCGUCAGACCAAGAUAGAAUUAUGUUGGUCCUGAGAAAAGAAAUUAUGUUCCAGUUGAAUAAAGAAAAGAGUUUCCGAUAUAUUUGGAAUCAAAUAAAAGUAGUAGAUAGAAGAGAAGAGAAACCGCAACAUUAUCUUGAUUUAGGAUAUUAAAAUAUUAUUAAUAGUAUAUUUCAUUA